UGCGACACCUUUGCAUUAAGGCACAGGUGAGAACUGGCAGCUGCCAAUAUAAAAGACUCCCUCCAUCACACUGACAAAGCACUGACAGCAAGGUUGCCAUUUGGAACCUUGGACCAUACCACCAGCCAGAGAUUUUUUUUAAAUACAUUUUUGUUAACUUUUGCUGUAACUUUUUAAUUGUUUAAUCGGGGUUUGAAAAUCCAUUGCAUAAUUUCUAUUUUUUGUUCUGAGAAGCAUCCCUGUCUGUGUCAAAGAAUGGCAUUCCUUGUCAGCCUUGUCUUUUUGUCAAGUUGGGCAGCUGUAGCUUCUACAUUCCCUCAUAAUACUUUUGACAACAUUGUGAAAGGGUCAAAAAUCGAAUUUGAAUCAUCUGGCGGCGGACCGGAUGAAAAGGCCCGGGGAAUAGUUAAGGUUGUGCAGCUGGACCCUCGUGCCCUGGCCCAGUCAGGGUUCUUCAGAAGGGGAUUGACUCCAAGAAGCGCCCCCUCCCUCAGCUCCAGAUUGUCCUUCCCUGCUUUCUUGUCUCAUGGGCGUCCAGGUCCAGCCUCUGCCCCCAAGACCCCAGUGAGUCCACUGCACCACCUGCACCCUAAAAGCCCCACUGAGAUGGAACUAAAGAACAGGCAAGGCCUGCAGAUGUGGCAGAGAGCUAUAAAUAAAGGAGAGAAGAUGACCAUGUCUCUGCCAGUCAACCUGAAGGACACUAAACAGACAUGCUCUGCGGUACCUUUCACUCAGCGUGUAACAGCCAACGGAUGUGACACAGUAACAGUGCACAACAAGCUGUGUUUCGGCCAGUGCAGCUCCCUGUUUGUCCCAUCCGAAGGGGAGUUUGCAGGGCUGGGUAGUACUGGGAUGGGGUCCCUUAACCACCGGGCCCCCUGCUCCCGCUGCGCCCCAUCCAAAGCUCACACUGUGGUCGUGCCCCUGCGCUGUGGAGCCGAGGUCAGGGAGAGGCGAGUGAUGGUGGUGGAGGAGUGCAAGUGUGAGACGAGUCGCGAGGAAAAGAGAGCUGAGGCUGGAGCUUCCACACACCUGUUGUAA